UGACCUAUUUCAACAGACUUGGUUUAAUUUUACAAAGAUAGUUGAGCUCAAACAUGAGGUGAGAUGCAAGCAAUCUAGACAUGGCGGAUGAAAUAUCAACAUUUCAUUUAUACGGGAGCUGCUAACAAGAGUAGACGGCUGCUCUGUGAAGUGGAACUACUUUGUGCCGCUUAUUCUGUGCUUUAAACCCAAUCCAGCUCAUGACUAUUCAUGCCGGAGCCUGUGGACGUCAGAACGCAGCGCGUCGAGCUGUGAGCCUGCGUGGAGGAGAGACAGCAUGCCACACUAGCCCGAUUGCAUCUCCCACACCGACACGAAACAUCGGUGCUUUUUUGGACGAAUCUGCCCUCGGUUCAGGAGGACAAGGAGCACACACAAAGGACCGCAAACAGCAUAUAGUGUGAUAGGCCUAGUUAGUUGACAUUUUAUUUUGAAGCAUGUAUGCAUUUAGCGGAGUUAAGCUGUCCGGGUUGAUAUUUUCACAAAGGGCAGAUCGAGUGAUAGCAUGAGGAUGGUAUUGUUUUGUUUCUCCGGGAAGAUGGACGAGACAUAUCGGGGCUGAGCGAGUGGCGGCGUUCCACGUUUUUACGAGAGAGAUGCGAGAGGACCGCCGUGGGCUGUUUGAGAUGAUAAACGCGUCCUGUGGAAACAUAUCUCUGCCGUGAAGCGCAAAAACGGAAUCGAGCUCGGCACCUUCGAGUCCUCAUGCUGCCUCCGCGAUGUCCCACGUGAGCUGACCGUGGUACUGAACGGAUCACUCAGAGCAACACGCGCGCUGACCUUUUUUUCUCAAGUGGGUUCACUCUCCGGAAAGAUCCCGAUAGCUGGCCAAAGACACAGAUGAACAAUUCGGCGGAGUCAGCCACACGCAAGUCACUUUCAUGGCCGUGGCACGCAAAAUCAAAACUUUGCUGACCGUCAACAUUCUCGUCUUUUUGGGGAUCAUCCUGUUUUCAGUAUACUGCCGAAUCCAGGACCGAUCCGAGGAGUUCGUCCAGAUCGGACGCGCUUCUGACCAGAGGCUGCGCGCCAGACAUGGUAAAGUUACCAACUUGGUGGACAGGCAGUCUAUUCUCCAGCGGCUUGAGAGGCUGGAGGAUGUCGUGUACAAUCAGCUAAACGGUUUAGCAAAACCCAUGGGGUUAGUGGAAGGUCCCGGAGGACUCGGUCAGGGGGGAGCUGCCGCUUCACUUGGGGAGGACAGCCGUGACGCCGAGGGGAAGUACGAAGAGUAUGGCUACAACGCUCAGCUCAGUGACAGGAUUUCCCUGGACAGGAGCAUCCCUGACUACAGGCCUAAAAAGUGCAAGCAGCUGACAUAUCCAGAAGAUCUUCCUCAGAUUUCAGUGGUUUUCAUCUUUGUCAACGAGGCUCUGUCUGUAAUACUGCGCUCCGUCCACAGUGUGGUCAACCACACACCAUCUCACCUGCUGAAAGAGAUCAUCUUGGUGGAUGACAACAGUGAUAGCGUGGAGCUGAAAUUCAACUUGGAUCAGUACGUGAACAAACGCUACCCGGGUCUGGUCAAGAUAGUGAGGAACAACAAAAGGGAAGGUCUGAUCCGAGCCAGAAUACAUGGCUGGAAUGCAGCCACGGCCCCUGUAGUUGGCUUCUUUGAUGCCCACGUCGAGUUCAACAUUGGAUGGGCUGAACCUAUUCUAACCCGAAUGAAAGAGGAUCACACCCGCAUCAUUUUACCUGCUAUAGACAACAUCAAAUACAACACAUUUGAAGUGCAGCAGUACGCCAAUGCUGCCCACGGCUACAACUGGGGACUGUGGUGUAUGUACAUCAUACCUCCACAGGAGUGGCUGGACAAGGGCGAUGAGACAGCCCCUAUCAGGACCCCAGCAAUGAUUGGCUGCUCUUUUGUGGUAGAUCGUGAAUACUUUGGACAGAUUGGUCUACUGGAUCCUGGUAUGGAAGUCUAUGGAGGAGAAAACAUUGAGCUCGGCAUGAGGGUGUGGCAAUGUGGUGGCAGUAUGGAAGUUCUGCCGUGUGCAAGAGUAGCCCACAUCGAGCGCACCAAAAAGCCUUACAACAAUGACAUUGAUUACUAUGCCAAGCGCAAUGCCCUGCGAGCAGCUGAGGUGUGGAUGGACGAAUACAAAUCUCACGUUUACAUGGCUUGGAACAUUCCCAUGAAUAACCCAGGGGUGGAUUUCGGUGAUGUUUCUGAGCGCUUGGCCCUGAGGAAAAGACUGCAGUGUCGAAGUUUUCGCUGGUACCUGGAACACGUCUACCCUGAGAUGCGGAUCUACAACAACACCAUCACAUAUGGCGAGGUGAGGAACAGCAAAGCAAGUGGCUACUGUCUGGACCAGGGCGCAGAAGAUGAUGACAAAGCAAUACUCUAUCCAUGCCAUGGCAUGUCUUCACAGCUUGCCCGCUACUCUACCGAUGGAGUUCUACAGCUCGGACCCCUGGGGUCGACUACCUUCCUGCCUGACACAAAAUGCCUUGUUGAUGACGGCAGAGGACGCAUUGCCAGUUUGAAAAAAUGUGAAGCAGUUGCCAGGAUUUCCCAGCGGCUUUGGGAUUUCACACAGAAUGGUCCAAUCAUCAGCAGGGACACUGGCCGAUGUUUGGAAGUGGAAAUGUCAAAAGAUGCCAACUUUGGCCUUCGUCUGGUGGUGCAGAGAUGCUCAGGUCAGAAGUGGAUAAUACGAAACUGGAUUAAGCAUCCAAGACACUAAAGCCAUGAGAUAACCUCAGAGACAUUUCAGGUGGUUUUAGGUUCACAGUUGGACACAAAUGCACUGCUGGGCCUUCCUAAGGCCACCACGCUUUCCAACUCCUAAACUUCUCUUCGACUUUAAAGUUUGAGCGAGCCCAAAUUUCUGACCUGCAUAAAGAGGUGUACAAUAACAAAUUGGGCUUAUAGUUAUUUUAUUUGUAUUGUAAAGGUAUUCAAUUCACUUUGUAGAUGAAAAAAAAGUGUGAAUGUGUGCAUUAUUUUCAUGAGAACCUCUGAGCAAUUCAAAUACUAUCAGAGUUGUAAAUUGUAAUUGAUAUUUAAUGAUUUGGAGGUUCUGAAAUCACCUAUAUGAUAAGCUUCAAUUUUUUUUUUCUUUUUUAAUCAUAUCGGGGAGACAGUAUUUCAGUUACAGUGAUGCAACUUACAACAAUACUUUGUUAUAUUUUUAACAGUAUUACGCACUGUGGGAAAGAGCAACUGUGUGCCUUUUUAUCUUUAUUUGCUUCAUCUGACCAGGGAAUGUCAAUCCCUAAAGCAUGUAAAAAGUCUUUGAACGUAAUAUUUAAAACAAUGUAUAAAACAAAAAAUAUAAUAUACUGUAAGUGUGGCAGAUUUAAACUGACAGGAUAUUAAAAAUAAUUUUUAUGAUCAUAUGUCUCACUUUCACUUGUCAAACUGAGUUACGUUUUGUUAUGUUAUUGAGAUUUUACAUAUAAAGUAUUUAUCAAGAAAAAAAAUGCAAAUGCCUGAUUGUUACCCCCCUCUUUUAAAUUAAAUCCAAACAGUACUGCAAUAAGGGAUUCAUUUUAGAGAGAGCAUUUCUAUACAACCAGAGUGUUUAAAGGGAUCCACGGAUAGAAAGACUUUUAGUUCUUAAAAGAUAAACAGUAAUUUGACUUUAAAAAAAAUUGAUAUUGAAACCCCUUUUGGUGUUUUCGUUUUAACACAAUUUGUAAAAUUAGUUCAACUAGUAGGUCGCCAUUGUUGUUGACGUCACAUGGUUACGCUGCCAGGCUUCCAGAGUAUGACUUUAGCAACAUAAACAUGUCAUUUGUUCAACCCUUUCAAUUUCAACACGAGAGGAACAUUAAUGAGCAUGACAGCACUGGCGAUAUUUCACAAACGAGCAGCAAAAGCAAAAUGAACAGGAAAGACCGGAUGAGACGAGACGAGAGUAGGGGGAAAAAACGGUGUUCUGCCUAAAUCUGCCACACCAGCGAAACGUCCUGCAAGAGGCGAAUUUCACACCCAAAGUACUACCGUGUGCUUUCAGCUUAUUUUGUUUAGAUGCAAACAAACAGAAUACCAACUACAAACAUACUAAAGAUGCCUUAAGAAAAUACUUAAAUGUCGUAAUAUCAGAUAAGGGUAAAUACACUACGUGACUAAUGUGGUCAACAGACCAACAAUCUGCUUUAAAGCUACCACAACAAAACACAAUGCUUAAAAGUAUGAGAGGGAAACACAUGCAAAAAGUUUUUGGAGGCAAUGAAAAGGUAAUAAAAGACUCAAUAAAAACAAAUCGUAAAUACUCGCCGCUUUUAACCGAUGUGCGGAUGUGGGUGACGUCUCGCCGCGUCGAAGGAAUUUGAUUACCUCGGUAGUGUUUGUCUUGUGUCAGUGACAAACUACGUAAGCCCCCAGAGCCUCCAUUGCGUGCAUAAAACUUGGCACCUUCCAUAGGUCAAAACAUAUACUAAAUAUUAUAGAUUUUUAAAUCAAUGGCAAUAUUUUAUGUGCUUCUAAUAACAUAUUUUAGUAAAAGAGAACAGUUGUGGCAUAUUAGAGCCUAUAAGUCUGAGGUUCCAUUUAAAUUUAUUAGACAAUUACCGUAUUGGCCCGAAUAUAAGACGGUGUUUUUUGCAUUGAAACAGGACUGAAAAAGUGGGGGUCAUCUUAUAUUCGCAGUCUAGACAUUAUACCCAUUUACGACGCUAGAUGGCGGGUGAUAUCAUUGAAGCGAUGUUCUGUCAUGACAGAUCUCAGCUACUCUCAAGUUUAACCAGUUUGCAUUAAUUUAUUGCAGUGUUUUUCCCUAUUCAGAUUUGUUUCAAGACUGCAUUUGCAGUUAAGACUUCACUUUGAUGGUUAACACAGUUAUUACUAUUUUGUUGUUUUAUCACAAUAGAUUGGUUUAUUUACAUUUCAAAAUCCAGAAGCCAUUCAUUUACGAAUGUGAUUGCACUUUAGUUUACAUAUUUAAAUGUUCAGAUAUUAGGAUUUGAAUGAGGCAAAAUAACAUGCUUUUUCUCUCAAAUAUAUUGUUAUAAUCAUGUUUCAGAUGUACUGUAAUUAUUUUCUGUAUAAAAAUUAUUUUGGUGUUCAAAAAGUCUUUUUCAAAAAUUAGUCUUGAAAUAAGGAUGUCGUAUUAUAAUCAGGGCCGUCUUAUAUUCGGAACAAUACGGUAUAUUUACAGGUUAUCAAUAAUCAAUUAUCUUGGCCUGUUUUUAACACCUGGCAUGUUCAAAUUUGUGCACUAUGUGUACGUUAGUUGUUUUACAAAUAUUUUAGGACUGGUGACAAAAAAAGCCUUCUCCACCUCUCAUCCAUGAAACUGAAAGGAUUAUUCGUUUAGUCUGACAGCCAUCUUAAUUUAAUUCAUAUUUUUUAAUCCCUUUCUGACCUUCCUAAAUUUGGGGAAAUGAGGUCAGGGGCGAAAGUGGUUAGAAUUUCUUGCCGGAACUCCCUGUCAAGA